AUGCCCAAGAGGAAAGUCAGCUCUGCCCAAGGGCCAGCGAAGGAGGAGCCCAAAAGGAGGUUGGCGCGGUCGUUGGGGAAGCAGGCCCCCGUGAAGGUGGAAGCGAAGCCCAAGAAGGCCGCAGGGCAGGAUAAGUCAUCAGACAAAAAAGUGCAAGCAAAGGAGAAGAGAGGAGCAACGGGAAUACAGGCCGAGGUGGCUCACCAAGAAGCUAAAGAAGACUUGCCUGCAGAAAACGGAGAAACUCAGAAUGAGGAGAGUCCAGCCUCUGAUGAAGCAGAAGAGAAAGAAGCCACGUCCGAUUAA